AUGCAGCCCUGCCUGCUCCUCGCCCUGGCCCUGCUGGGCACGGCCUCCGCCAGCCACCCCGACGCUGCCAGCCCCGAGGCGGAGGAGACGGCGCUGGAGGUGCGGGAGGAGGACACCCGGUGCCCGCUGGAGAGCGAGACGCGGGUGCUCAGCUUCCACGACCCCCUGGGUGCCACCACCUUCCGCUACGUCAUCGUCCCCCAGUACCGGACCUUCUACCACGCCCAGCGUACCUGUGCCCACUGCUACCGCGGGCAGCUGGUCUCCAUCCACAACUACCGAAUCAACGCCUGGCCGCAGAGCAGGCCCCCCAGCCGCACCAACGCCGGGCAGGUCUGGAUCGGGGCCAUCACCCAGCCCGUGAACGACGGGCGGCUGCGGCUGAGCCGCCAGGGCGUCAUCUUCAAGAACAGCAAGACGGGGAAGGUGGACAACAUCCAGGCCUCGGAGCUGGCCGAGGGCGUGUGGCGGCGCGUGGCGCUUGGUCACGGCCUCAAGCUGCUCACCAAGAAUGGCCACGUCUACAAAUACGAUGGUUUCCGGGAAUCGCACCCGGCCGCUCCCCCGGGCAGCAGCCCGAUUUCUGGUGGUGUCCUCGGGGACGGCGGGGAGGGGCAGCUGCUCUCCUUCGACAUCGGGGAGCAGCCGGUGUUCGAGAUCCCCCUCAGCAACGUCUCCCAGUGCACGACGGGCAAGAACGAGGUGACGCUGGAGUUCCACCAGAACGACGACGCCGAGGUCUCGCUCAUGGAGGUUCGCUUCUACGUGCCCCCGACCCAGGAGGACGGCGUGGACCCCGUGGAGGCCUUCGCUCAGAACGUCCUCUCCAAGGCGGACGUGAUCCAGGCCACCGGAGAUGCCAUCUGCAUCUUCCGGGAACUGCAGUGUCUGACGCCUCGCGGGCGAUACGACAUCCGUAUCUACCCCACCUUCCUGCACCUCCACGGCAAGACCUUCGACUACAAGAUCCCCUACACGACUGUGCUGCGCCUCUUCCUGCUCCCGCACAAGGACCAGCGGCAGAUGUUCUUCGUGAUCAGCCUGGACCCCCCGAUAAAGCAAGGCCAGACCCGCUACCACUUCCUUAUCCUGCUCUUCUCCAAGGACGAGGACAUCUCCCUGACCCUCAACAUGAACGAGGAGGAGGUGGAGAAACGCUUCGAGGGGCGGCUCACCAAGAACAUGUCGGGCUCCCUCUACGAGAUGGUCAGCCGGGUCAUGAAGGCGCUGGUGAAUCGCAAGAUCACCGUGCCUGGCAACUUCCAGGGACACUCCGGCGCCCAGUGCAUCACCUGCUCCUACAAGGCCAGCUCGGGGCUUCUCUACCCGCUGGAGCGUGGCUUCAUCUACGUGCACAAGCCGCCCGUGCACAUCCGCUUCGACGAGAUCUCCUUCGUCAACUUCGCCCGCGGGAGGAAAAAGGGCAUGAAGCAGAGCUACGACGAAUACGCUGACUCCGAUGAGGACCAGCACGACGCCUACUUGGAGAGGAUGAAGGAGGAGGGCAAGAUCCGGGAGGAGAACGCCAACGACAGCAGCGACGGCUCUGGGGAGGAGACUGGUGAGGGGUUUGACAGCAACGCCUCGGCCAGCUCCUCCAGCGGUGACGGCGACAGCGACCGGGAUGAGAAGAAGCCAGCCAAGAAGGCCAAGAUUGUCAAGGACCGCAAGCCCCGCAAGAAGCAGCUGGAGAGCAAGAAAGGGAAAGACCCCAACGCUCCCAAGCGGCCGAUGUCGGCUUACAUGCUCUGGCUGAACGCCAACCGUGAGAAGAUCAAGUCGGACCAUCCUGGCAUCAGCAUCACAGACUUGUCCAAGAAGGCCGGGGAGCUGUGGAAAGCCAUGUCCAAGGAGAAGAAGGAGGAGUGGGAUCGCAAGGCGGAAGACGCCAGGAGGGACUACGAGAAGGCCAUGAAGGAGUACAGCGUGGGCAGCAAGUCAGAGAGCUCCAAGACGGAGAGGUCUAAAAAGAAGAAGAAGAAGCAGGAGAAGCAGAUGAAGGGGAAAGCGGAGAAGAAAGGUGCCGCCUCCAAGUCCUUGUCCUCCGCCAAGUCCCCUGCCAAGAACAUGAGCGAGAGCUUCAAGAGCAAGGAAUUUGUCUCCAGCGACGAGAGCUCCUCCGGAGAGAGCAAGAAGGAGGUAGGGCUCUGGGUGGAGGGAGUCGCCAGCCUGCCCCCCAGCUCGGAGGAAUCCGCGUCCGGCUCGGAUUAGCCCCGUCCCCAGCUGGCUCCAGGCUGGUUCCCAGAUCGGCGAGAGGACUGGGCGGGCCGGCCCCGCGGCGGGGACCCGGGUCUUGGGCUCCGGCUGGCUCCCGGCCCGCCUUGCCACGACUUCGCAUCCUCCUGCCCGCGACGCCGAGGAGGCAGGGGAGCGCGGGGUAGGAGGGCGCCCGGCCCCCCCUGCCCGAGCCCUCAGUGCCUGGCUGGGGGAGCGAGACCCCGUGGAGGAGGGAGGCCCCGGAGGGGCCUCGGUCCCACCUCAGCCCUGUUUCGCAUCAAUUUAUUUUUUUUAAAU